AUGUCAGGAAGACUACGAGACCGGAUUGCACUAGUCACAGGGGCCUCGUCGGGCCUCGGACGAGCUAUAUGUCUAGCUUUCGCCGCUGAAGGAGCCACUGUCUGCUGUCUAGACUUGUACGAAUCGCCACGAAACAGAGUCAACGAGCAGACAGGGAAAGCCGACGACUUCAACAACCGUAUCGGUGGCGAGCCGACUACUGAAGAGAUCAAGCGCCGUUACGGUCAAGACUCAACAUUCUUCGUCAAAGCCGACGUGACACAAGCUCAAUCGAUCAAAGAUGCCGUUGCGAAGUGCGCUCAGAUGUAUGGCAGACUAGAUAUCAUGGCCAACAAUGCCGGCAUCUCAGUUGAGUCCACGCAUGCCAGACCUCUAGGCGUACACGAGACGAGUGAAGAGGACUGGGAUAAGACGAUGGCUAUCAAUGCCAAAGGUGUCUUCCUGGGUUGCAAAUAUGCUAUCGCACAAAUGCUGAAGCAAGACAUGCUGCCAGGAGUCAAAGAUAGAGGCUGGAUCAUCAACACAGCCUCCGUACAAGGCCUGGUAGCUUAUACCAACACACCAGCAUACUGCGCCAGUAAAGGGGCAGUGGUACAGCUCACCAAGCAGAUUGCGGUGGACUAUGGACCACAUCGGAUCCAUUGUAACGCUUUAUGCCCAGGGUUUCUGCGCACCACGAUGACACAGAACAUCCAGAACGAUCCGGAACAGCUUGCAGAGAUCAACAAGGCGCAUCCGUUUGGCGGUAUGGGUGAUGUUGAGGACGUAGCUAAAGCUGCAGUCUUUCUUGCAAGCGAUGAUGUGGGUUGGAUCUCUGGCGUUGCUUUGCCUGUGGAUGGCGCAUAUACAGCUCUGUAG